AAAGCAAAGAAAGUUGAAGAUCUGUCCCAAGUGGGAAUGGGGACGAAAUUUAGCGAUUACUGUGAUCCCGUGCUUUUCGACGAAAGCUUACUGCACGAGCAGCCGAAAUUGAUCCGAAAGAGUUUACAGCUCAGGAAUGAGUAUAAUUCGAAAAUACAGGAAUUUGGCAAAGAAAAAGAUUAUAUAAUAAUUGAUAUGUUUGGAAGGAGGAGAGUUCGCUGGAAUACAGCACUAAUCACAAAGGCGAAAGCCUGGUAUGCUGUGUCUUAUGCCAGUGCAUUUCGAUCUCGCUGCAAAUUUCGCUCUUUUCCAUGGAUCGUUUGGGAUGUACUGCUUGCUAUUAAGUAUCAGAUUGCACUGAUGUCUAAACAGCCACUAAUGCCGCGACCGCGCCUGAUCAAUCCACUAUCAGUGCAUUUGACUGCAGCACUUGAGAGUUUCUGUGCUUCUAAGCAGACUGCAUACAACGCAUUUGUUGAGGAACUGUCGUUUGGAUCAAAACGAUUAGACGCAUUUGUGCAGUAUUCGCAAAAGUACGGUCCCAUGGUUCCAAUGCUAUGUUUCGUACUGGAUAAUUGGCUUGAGGAAGAAAAAGUGUAUGAACGAUCGGCGUUGCAGCGAGUGCAUAUCGUAAUUUUACUUUUGCAGUUUUCAGUUGGGAUUUUGCAUGGAAAGCAUUCAUCGAAUGAGCUGUAUAAGCAGCCCAUUUAUUUCGAAAAGCUCGGUGUUUCCUCGGAAUCACAGCAGGAAGGUGAUGCUGUGAAUUACAAUGCUGGUGAUAUAUUAUUUGCAUUUUUGCGCUAUCUGGCAAGCGAACAAUUUGCACAUGCGAAAUGUAUCCAUUUUGGCUUGGGUGGUAUGUCACGACAGGGCCAACGAUCAGUUGCCUCAGUGCUGACACGCUUCGACCAGUGGGCUGCUCUUCAUGCCGUGACACCGGCCAAGUCAAGGGAUCGUAGCAUCUAG